CGGAUAGCAGACCUGUGUUAAUAUUUCUACCUUACAGUCUUGGAAGAGAUUGGAUUUUUUUUUUUUUUCUGGUUGCACCAGGUCUUAGUUGCAGCCAGCAGCCUCCUUAGUUGUGGCAUGCAAACUCUUAGUUGCGGCAUGCAUGUGGGAUCUAGUUCCCUGACCAGGGAUUGAACCCGGGCCCCUGCAUUGGGAGCGCGGAAUCUUAACCACUGUGCCACCAGGGAAGUCCCUGGAUUUUUUCUUUUUAAGUUUUAAUUUUUAUUUAUUUAGUUUUUUGGCCAUGUUUUAUUUAUUUAUUGGCCAUGCCACCCUGCUUGUGGGAUGUUAGUUCCCCAACCAGGGAUUGAAUCCUGGGUCAUGGCAGUGAAAGUGCCGAGUCCUAACCACAGGACUGCCAGGGAAUUCCCCGAGGUGGGAUAUUUUAGGGCCAAACAAGGCAGGGAUGUGCGCACAGGUGUGGUCUGGCUCCAGAAUAUGCCUUGGUUUAACCUCUGCUGGACUGUGGGAACCUCCAGGACACGACCCCGUGGUUUUCAGUCUGUGUGUCUCUAAUCCCCAAGAUGCAGGUGACCACCUGCAGGCAUGCAUACAUUUGUAUACCUUUUCCCACCAGGUGCUUGUUGUGCCCACCGCCUCCAUGCCUAAAGCAGAGUGUGUGUGUGUGGCGUAGACUCGGCUCUCUUCUGCCACCUCUUUGGGGCCAUAGGACCAGGUGCUGUUUUGAGUGACACACUGUUCUGAACUCUACCCCAAGGGGGCUCCUGUGCUGGACAUGCCUGUGCCCGAAGAGGGCACCCCGCCACCCCUGAGUGGCACCCCCGUCCCGGUCCCAGCCUACUUCCGCCAUGCAGAACCUGGCUUCUCCCUCAAGAGGCCUCGGGGGCUCAGUCGGAGCCUCCCGCCCCGGCCCCCUGCCAAGGGCAGCAUCCCCAUCAGCCGCCUCUUCCCUCCUCGGACCCCAGGCUGGCACCAGCCCCAGCCCCGGCGGGUGUCAUUCCGAGGCCGAGCCUCCGAGCCCCUGCAGAGCCCCGGGUAUGACCCGAGCCGGCCGGAGUCCUUCUUCCAGCAGAGUUUCCACAGGCUCGGCCGCCUGGGCCACGGCUCUUAUGGAGAGGUCUUCAAGGUGCGCUCCAAGGAAGACGGCCGGCUCUAUGCUGUGAAGCGCUGCAUGUCGCCUUUCCGGGGCCCCAAGGACCGGGCCCGCAAGCUGGCCGAGGUCAGCGGCCAUGAGAAGGUGGGGCAGCACCCGUGCUGCGUGCGGCUGGAGCAAGCCUGGGAGGAGGGCGGUAUCCUAUACCUGCAGACAGAGCUCUGUGGGCCCAGCCUACAGCAGCACUGUGAGGCCUGGGGUGCCAGCCUGCCCGAGGCCCAGGUCUGGGGCUAUCUGCGGGACACCCUGCUGGCCCUGGCCCACCUGCACAGCCAAGGCCUGGUCCACCUUGACGUCAAGCCUGCCAAUAUCUUCCUGGGGCCCCGGGACCGCUGCAAGCUGGGUGACUUUGGGCUGCUGGUGGAGCUGGGUGCAUCCGGAGCUAGUGAGGCCCAGGAGGGAGACCCUCGCUACAUGGCCCCCGAGCUGCUUCAAGGCUCUUAUGGGACAGCGGCAGAUGUGUUCAGUCUGGGUCUCACCAUCCUGGAGGUGGCGUGCAACAUGGAGCUGCCCCAUGGUGGGGAGGGCUGGCAACAGCUACGCCAGGGCUACCUGCCCCCUGAGUUCACUGCUGGCCUGUCUUCUGAGCUGCGUUCUGUCCUCACCAUGAUGCUGGAACCUGACCCCAAGCUGCGGGCCACAGCCGAGGCCCUGCUGGCCCUGCCGAUGCUCAGGCAGCCGCGGCCCUGGACCGUCCUGUGGUACAUGGCUGCCGAGGCCCUCAGUCGAGGGUGGGCCCUGUGGCAGGCCCUGCUUUCCCUGCUGUGCUGGCUCUGGCACGGGUUGGCACACCCUGCCAGCUGGCUGCAGCCCCUGGGUCCGCCGGCUACCCCGCCUGGCUCGCCGCCCUGCAGCCUCCUGGACAGCAGCCUCGCCAGCAACUGGGAUGACGACAGCAUAGGGUGGGUGAGGGCUCCGGGCAGGCCACCUUGCUUGUCUUGCCUACCCCCCGCAGGCCCUUGCUUUCUCCAGAGGCCAUCCUGGCCAGGGCUGCUGGGAGCACCUCCACCCCCUGCAGUGGCUCUCCUGCCCCCCGGGGCAGGUACACACUGAGGUGAGCAGGCCCAGGGUCUCAGGGGGUGGGAGGGGGCAGCUUUUGGAUCCUGAGAGUCAUUUCUCUCUUCUCUCCCCCUAGGGAUUCUCUGGACCUAAGUGACAUUGACUCAGAGCCCCCACAGGGCACCUUCCCUGCCUUUGAGCCUCGGAACCUCCUCAGCCUGUUUGAGGACUCACUGGGCCCAACCUGAGCCCACGGGCCCAGGCUCGGUACUUU